AUGCAAGGCAAUACACCGGAAGACAACCUGGGUCAAAACAAACCCCUAGAGGAGAUGGAGAGUGCAGCCACUGAGGUCAAGGAAGGAAGAGUCUAUAAGAGGAGCAACUGCAAGGAUAGAAAUAUUGACAAGCUCAAGCCUCCUAAGAUUCAUAAAGACAAAAGAGAAAGGGAAAGUUAUGUGGUUCAGAACGGCCUCAACCUAAAAGGCCCUGGAGGAACCACACGGAGAGACGCAACAUCCUCAUCUUAUCCCUGUAACCUUCAGGCUGGAAUGUUAGAUGUUCAGAGUGGAAAAAUCAGCAAACAAGUCAUUGAUUGUAUCGCAGGUGAAACUCUGACCAUAUCUCUGGCAGGACUCAAGCAGAGUGAUGCCACACUUCGAUUUUACAGCAAUUAUUCAUCUAUCACCCUGGUGGAGAAUGGAGUUCCUGUGGGACGGAACCACACAGACUACAUCAACCGACUUAAAGUGACCAGUGAAUCUAUUAAGGUUCUCAAUGUGAGCGCGUCAGACAAGGGCAGAUACAAGCUCACCGAUCAUAAAGGAAGACUUGUCUCACACAAAGCAAUGAUACUAGUGGAUCAACAUAAGUUUGCCCCUAAUAAACGUCUUAUAGCUCUGCUGCUGCUUGUCAUUCCUGUUGGAAUCUGCUUCUGCUGCAGAAAGAGAAUCUGCAAAAGUUGCCAGACCACGAAAUCAAACACACACACCAAUGAGUCCAACACCACACCAGUGUCUAUAGCUUACAGCAACACUGUGACUGCUCCUGUAGGUCCUGGAGACCCUGGCCAGGGCUACAUCGCUGGUUAUCCACCUCAUCCAGAUCAAGGUCAGAUUCAUUAUCCCUAUCCACCAGAGUCAAGCGGACAACCUUAUGUUCCUCACAACCCUGGCUUCCAUCCUGAGUCUGUGCCUCAAAACCCUGUCUAUCCUCCUAAACUUUGGACCUGGGCUUCCCCCAGUUCAGCCGCCCCAGUGGAACGCCCCUCCAACCCAGUACAACCCAUCUGCACCUGUGAACUAUAUGCCAGCAAAGAACAGCGCUCCCCCUGGGCCUGAUACCACAGGGUUGAAUAUGAAUGAACUGCCGCCAACUGCACCACUGCUCACUCCUCAGCUUGAGUCUCAACCAUCUGCUAUGAGCAGCAUUUCCAUGAUGAAUAUGCUUAAAUCCAGUGACUCUGGUGUCCAGUUUGACAAUAACAAAGGAAAGUCUUCUGGCAGCAACUUUCUGUAGUUACACCAAUAUCCCUGCAAGUGAUAUGGAAACAAACACUUAGCUGAUCAUUAGAUUCAUACAAAAUCCAAGCCUUAAAAAGGAGGGUUUUUUUGUUUGUUUUUUUGGAAAGGACUACUGUUCUAUUGUUAAUCUUUAUAUUGAUGAUUACUUGAUGAUUACCUCAAACAGACCAGUCUGUAUUGGUCCAUAUCACUGUACUGAGUAAAUGAGUUUGGCCCGAGAAUCAAUAAGACCUCAAUUAAAACUGUUGCUUCAAUAUUUUAUCAUGACACAUAUUCUUUCAGGACUUAGUCUAGCUUAAGCGUAAUAGAAAAAUAUUACAAUUUUAAAAAGCCUAAAUCCCUUUUGCAUUAGGGAAUGUAGUUUUAAGAGUUUUUUUUUUUUAGUUGAGAAUGUACUUGUUUAGACAUUAAAUAUGCAGUUUGUUAAUAACGAUAACGUCUAUUUGAAAAUUUGCUUCAACAUUUUCGGAGGUGUGAGCUCCAGGGCGUCAGCGGCCAUUCAGCACUCAUGAACUUGCCGAGAGCAGCCUCACUCGGCCAGAAUCUUCUGGAAUUUGCCACUCGCACUGAUGUCUCUAUAGUGGUUCUGAGAUAUAAUUUGCUUUGGGUAAAUCUAACG